UUGGUCCUGUCGCAUUAUUUCUACGAUGGGUCGCAUGAUUUCCUCUUAAAUUAAAAAUUGAUGUUUUAAUUGAUGUCUUUUUUUUUUUCAGAAAAGAAAUGUAUCUCUGCAGCCUCCUGGACGUCUGUUCUCUGAUCGAUAUGUCCUGCAAUAUUUUCUUUGUGAUUUACGUUUCCAGUCAUCUCUUUGACUCGAGCCCAUCAUUUUAGCUUCAAAAGCUGGAGGCUUUAGUGGUCACGUUCCAGGUUUCUAGGUGUUUAUCUUGGUGGGUCAUGGCGAUUUUGGUUAAACAAUAGGACAAACGGUAUCAUAAUACGUUUAUUUGGUAAUAUCUUGAUAUCUAGUCUUAAUCGAUCUUUUUUGUUUUAUCACUUUCUGUGCGUCUAAUCUUUGAAUUCGUGUUCGUGGUGGGGAAUGGCUCUCGAGUAAGCAGUUGCCUUAAUUGGAAUUCAAUUGUUACGAGGACGCAAUUUAUAUAUAAUGCCCAGAGUUUGGUCUUCUCUUUCCUGAGAGUCGGUUAUGAUUCCUCUUAUUUUCCGUGGUUGAAUUAUGGAGCUGGUUCAUUUUCUUUUCUAACAAAUCUGGAGAUGGGUCCUCCUACCCAGUACCCACUCUGCUUAGCUGAAGUGGUGUCCGUAGCAACAAAAGAUGAUGAUUUUCUGAUAGUGAAAGAGACCUUCGCACUUUUAUUAUUAUUGUGUUUUAUCUUGAAUUCCUGAACAGUUCUAUUUUUCAAGUUGGAAAAACGACGUGCUGGGAGGACCAUUGAGCACUCUUUCCAACUUGAGGUCAUGGGUGUCUCUUCAACAAGGUUAAACUUUUUCUGUCCCAUCUAUUUGGUCCUAUUAAUCUUCUGUCUUAAGCACCGACGAAGCCGAACUGUUAAGUUGUCAAUUGUUCCAUUUGACUGCAUGAUAAGUGACUGCUACAUACCUUUUUAAAUUCGGAACAGUUUUUUCUGCCUUCGUUGUUUGGGUUUCUGAAGCAGUACAGAGUUUUGAUCUAUAGAUGACGAGAACAAGAAGAGGGAAGCGUUCAGAGUCCUUUUGGCGUUCCAUUGUAAUGACGAAAUGGUUAAAUAUUAAGCCCAAGGUGCAUGAAUUCAGUGAAGAUGAGGUUGAUACUGACGUCGAGAGUGAGGAUGAUGUGUGCUCUCUUACAGAUGCAAAAGACGACAUGGGUGGGGAUCAUGCUUGCAGGAUCCAGGGGAACCAAUCCGUAUGCCCAAAGCAAGCUUCAGGACCUUCAAAGCCUUAUCUGGUGAAGCAUAGGAGAGGAAAGUCAGAAACUCUAAGAGUUCAGUACAUAAAUAGAAAGGAUUUGAGAGUGAUGGUAGGCACAUGGAAUGUUGCGGGAAGACUUCCAUAUGAUGGUCUUGAGAUUGAAGAAUGGCUUUCUAUGGAAGAACCAGCGGAUAUGUACAUUCUUGGUUUCCAAGAAGUGGUGCCUCUGAAUGCUGGUAAUGUACUAGGAGCAGAGGAUAGCAGCCCAGUUCGGAAAUGGGAGACAAUCAUCCGCAGAACUCUAAAUAAAUCUUUGGAAUUUGGGACAAAAUGUAAAAGUUAUAGUGCUCCACCAUCUCCAGUAUUGAGGACAUCUGCUGCAGCUGCUGCUAAUGUACUUGCAAAUGAGACAGAUACUCCUGAAGGAGAGACAGUGAAUAAGGAGCCACUGGGGCUUGCUGAUCGUCCUGGCUUGGGAAGAAAAGAACUGAAUAAAGUGAGAAGUAAAGCGAGACUAGAUUGGCCUGAACAUUCAUUAGAUUUGACUCCACAAGCUUUCCCUUCUACCAAAGGAAUGCGAAGAGUCCUCAGUAGUUCUGCAAGAAUUGGCUUUGAUUGGAUGGGGAAGCCUCUAGUUUUCACAAAAGAAGAUUUAGAGUUGGGUGGUGGAUUGAAACGAGUGUACCAUAGUUCUGGAAACCUAGGAAUGAUGUGGAUGGAGCAACAGGAUCGUUCUGAAAUACUGUCAUUUUCUGAAGUUUCUGAUUUGUCUGAAGAGGAGGGAGAUUCCUUUUUUGAAACAGAAAAUGGAAAUGGUGAAAUUGGACAUAAACAAGAAAGUGUGAAGAUCCAUUCCAAAUAUGCACGCAUUGUAAGCAAACAGAUGGUGGGAAUAUAUGUAUCAGUUUGGGUUCGUAGAAGGUUUAGGAGGCAUAUAAACAACUUGACAGUUUCUCCAGUUGGAGUUGGGAUAAUGGGCUACAUGGGAAACAAGGGAUCUGUUUCUGUCAGCAUGUCUGUUUUCCAAUCACGGCUGUGCUUUGUCUGCUCACAUCUAACAUCUGGUCAGAAGGAGGGGGAUGAACAGAGGCGUAACUCUGAUGUGUAUGAGAUCUUACGACGCACCCAGUUUUCAUCUUCCUUCAAUGUCAUUCAACCACUGACCAUUCCAUCACAUGAUCAAAUUUUCUGGUUUGGAGAUUUGAAUUACCGUCUAAAUAUGUUGGAUACUGAGGUGAGAAAGCUCGUGGCUAGGAAACAAUGGAUUGAGCUUAUCAACAACGAUCAGCUAGUCAAAGAACUUCGCAGUGGGCAUGCUUUUGAUGGAUGGAAGGAAGGGGUGAUAGACUUUCCACCCACUUAUAAGUAUGCGUUUGACUCAGAUAGAUAUGUUGGAGAAAACCCAAAAGAAGGAGAGAAGAAGAGAUCCCCUGCAUGGUGUGAUCGCAUUCUGUGGUUAGGGAAAGGCAUCAAACAGCUUUCAUACAAGCGAGCUGAAAUAAGGCUCUCAGAUCAUCGUCCUGUUAGCUCAAUCUUCUUGGUUGAGGUUGAAGUCUUUGACCAUCAGAAGCUCCAGAGGGCUCUAAAUUUUACUAAUGCCACAGUACAUCCUGAAAGCUUCUCUGAGGAAGAUGUUAAUUGAGGGAGAACUUGAGGAAGGUAAUUUGAAGUCCUGAUGACAUUGGAAGAAAAUCUCCAUGCAUAGUGUUUUCAAAUUCUGACUAGAUUUCCUUCUCUAUGCCAUUUGGUGAUGUGGCUACAAGACACUAAUCAGCAAGCUCUGCAAGGAAGCAUUAUCAAAUGACAUCAAUUUAAGUACUCAUGAGAGGAAUCCAAGUAAUGCAAGGAGUUUUGGCCUGCUUUAUUAGUAAGGAAUAUUUCAUACUUUUAGGUAAGGAAUCGAAGUUUUAUUCCUAAAUGAUAAAAUGUAUAGAGAAAAACAAAAUCUCCUCUGUAAAUAUGUGGAUGUAUUGUGUUUGGGUUGGAUAAUCAUGAUUUUGUACAAUCAGUUUUUCUGUUCUAGAGGAAGAAGACAUUGUAACCAUUUAGGGAAGUGUUUUGUUACUAUCCUUUGAUGACAGGUAGGCUCCC